CCGAGCUAGAACCCGAUCAGGCUCUCAAGAUGGCUACCGAAUCGGUAUCGUCUCUUUUUCCCAACAGACCCAUCCGGCCGCUGCCAAAGCGACGGCUUAGAGAGCGGCUGUCCCCCGAAGUUGCCGAGUCGAUCCAGUACCCACCUCUGCCACAAAGCUCGACUUCACUGUUCUCUUUCCCAUACCCACUGCCAGAAGAGUCUCCUGAAGCUGGCCGAUCAGCCGUCCGUGACGCUGGGUCCCAUCACGAACAGCGCAAGCCACAAAGCAACGAUGUGGUGAACGACCGGAAGGCGGAGGAUACUGCGCUGAAACAAGGCACAACUGGCCGACCAGCUUUACAACACACCAGGCUUGUCACGCGCCCGAAGCCGGAGCAUGGGCGGUAUGCGGAUGCACUUCCGCUAUCCUCGACCGCGUCCUCGGCCGACGGAUACGAUCCUUUCGAAAACACUAAUAACAAGAAAAGGAAGAUUCCGACUGCCGGGGACUCCGCACCAAGCGGAGGACAGGUUUCCAACGAUUCUGGGACUGGAACGGGCUCGCUUGCGGCUUGUGCUCAAUCUGCGGAAGGUCAUGGCGAGGAUUCGAUUGCCCCAUCUGCGUCUGGGAGUCUCGCGUCCAGUGCCCAUAACAUUCCUGGGCCGGGCCGAGGAAGGUUUGGCCGGCCUAGGAGCGGUAAAAACCCACUGCGACCCCUCUACGACUCGACUAAUAGCUGGGCCGGGAGGACCGCCAAACCGCGCGCAGGCGAGAGCACUGGCAUCAUCUCGAAUGCCAUCGCCAACGCGGAAAAACUUCCACCGCACCAUGGACAAGAGAAUAUCAGCCUCCUACACCAGCCAUUGCCCAACAAGCGUAGCCCGGCCUCGACGCAGUUCACAUUCACGUGUGAUUCGCAGGUACCUGGAUCGUUGGCUUGGCCCGGUUCCGAUCGGAAGAUGGCGAUGCCGCAACACCAAGGAGCCACAGUGAGCCAAGGGAAAGAAAACUGGUCUCGUACGUCACAAUCGGCCCAACAUGGGCAUCCAGCGCCAGCGAUGCCACAGGCGGCAGACGCGGCCAAAGAAGGUCCGUCGAGAGGUGGGACUGGCGGGCAGAGUCAACACACAGCGCCGCCCCAGAAGGCUUCCCGCCGAAGUGCAACGAAGGAGUACUUAGCUGCGGCUAGGGCGCGUCGCCGGGAAACGCAGCUGUACAACAAGCGCCACCCGCCGAAACCCGAAGACAUGUGGAUCUGCCACUUUUGCGAAUAUGAGUGGAUUUUCGGGCACCCGCCGGAGGCCCUGGUUCGGGCGUACGAGAUCAAAGAGCGGAAACAGCGCCAGCUGGAAGAACAGCGGCGGGCCCAGUGGGAGAGGAUGAAGAAGGGAAAGCACAAGGGAAGAAAGAACAGCAAGCUGCCAGCCAAAAACAGCCACGCGGGCCAUGAUUCGCAUCACCAUGCGGACGGCGGCGGAGGAGCUCAUGGCGGGCACUACGACCACGGAGAUCAAGGAGACGAGUACUACGACGACGAAUACUACGAGGACGAGGAGUACGAUGCCGAAGAGGAGGUGGCUAUUGAACACGGCCCGGGAAGUCUGGGACGGCAUGACGGUACUCCAGCCCACUUUGGCGACAGUUCUGCAAUCCAUGAUGGUGGGGGGACCUAGUCAGAUCCUGCUCUGGUGGUUCUGCUCCGGCGUUAGGCCAAUCCUCCCACAUACCUCUUCCCAUCUCCCGCGGGCCAGAGCGUUGACAGGCUAAAAUGUGACAGCACACAUCUGGCUAGCAGACGGGUGGGCA